AUGCCAGCCAGCCCAUCUGUCAAUGGCAGACCCUUCCUCCUCGUUUUGCCACUCCAGCCUUGGUCGCCCAAAGUGGAAACAACACCAACCGCUCUAUCGACGGAUGUCUACAUACCCGCAUUCCCUCCAAACGCUAACGAUACCUUGGGGCUUGGGGCGCUAGGUUUCUCGACUUUUCAAGCUAGCAAGCCUUGCGAGAGACACAAGGAGCAACAAGGUUGA